AUUUUUUUUAUAUAUUUUUUUAUUUUAUCCGUAAAAUUUCUUUUAAAUUGCAGAAUUUAAUAAUUUAGUUAUUUCUUAACAAGAUACUUAUUAAAAUUAUGGAACAAAAUGUUGAAGUUAUUACAUCUGUAAUUCAACAAGGGGGAGGGGAUUCAGACGAAUCAUGGGAAGAUCAAUCCGCUCCUGAAAUUUCUUCUCGUCCACAAAAGAAGAAAAGAGGGAAAAUAUCUUCAAAUGCAUGUAAUAAAUGUAAACGUGAUAAAAAAAAAUGUGAUGGAAAUUAUGCGAUACAAUCAUCUUGUACUUAUUGUCUCGAUCAUAAUGAAAAAUGUACUUAUCCUGAACCUGGAAGAAGAAGACCAAAAAAUAAUCCAGAUUUAAUUGAAAAUAAUUUACAAGAUGAAAGUAUAGAAAAUACCUUGAUAAGUUUGACAAGAUUUUUUUCUAAUUUAUCACAUGCUAAUCAAGUUAAUAAUAUAUUUAAAGAUCAAUUUUUUCAGUUAUUCGUACAUCCUACAACUUCUAUUGAACAAUCAUUAUUAUUGAGAAAAUUAUGGAAUUUAAUGAAUAAUAAUCCAAAUGAUAGUAGAUUUAGUAUUGAUAAUUUAAAUACAAUCUUUAUAACUUUAACAAUACUCAUACAAAAUAGAGAAGUUACAGUUCAACAAUAUUUUUGGGAACGUAUUCGUCAAAUUGUUGUAGGAGAUGAUAAUAAUAAUAAUAAUGAUCAAAAUAUGAAUUGUUCCACUUCUUCUUCUUUACCAGUUAUUGAAUCUUCUUCUAUCUUACCUUAUAAUGUUUCUAAUAAUUCAAUUGAACAAACUUUUUCUGCAACAACUACACCUCAACCUGAAGAAGAUGAUACAAUUUUAUCAUCACAAUCUUUCAUGGACUUUUUUAAUUAUUUAAUGCAGGAUGAUAAUUCAACAAUAAUUCCAUAUGAUAAUAAUUCGGAUAGUUUUCAACAAUCUUCUACAAUUCAAUUAGAUGAUCAUGCACAAUUUUUUAAUUCUUUGUUAGAAAAUAGUCAUGAAAAUGAAUCGAUUCCUUCACCUCAACAAUCAAUACAAGAAGAUUCUUCAAAUCGUGAAGAAACUAAAAGACAAAAUGAGCAAACACAAUCGUCUCCAAUAAUUGUUCAGGAGAAAGAAGAGUUAGGACCAAAAUCUAAACAAUCAAAAGUAGCAAAUCCUACAGAAAAUCGUGUAAAGAAAAGAAAGGCUAGUGUUCAAAUUAAUGAACCAACUGGAUCGACAUCGACUACAUCAACUCGAACAAUUAAACAACGUAAAACCAAACAAACUUCGUAUUCGGACCGUGUACACAUUAUGUAUAGACCGGUUAAACCCGACUCCAAAACUAGUUUUGUAUUUCAUAAAGAAGAUCCAAUGGACAAUUCCGUUACAUUAAAUUUAUUUGACAAUCAACAAAAUUCUUUUCAAGGAGGCAAUCAAUAUAUGGCAACAAUUUCAUCGGCACAAUCACAAUAUCAACAACAACAACAACGACAAAUGAACUUAACUUUUGAACAAUGGAAUAAUGUCAAUAGUAAUAACUCUCGAAAAUCUUUAACACGUGAACGAGAACAAACUCCACAAGAUGAAAGCAGAAUUUCUCUUUUCAAUGAAUUAGGUCAAACCGAACAAUUACCUUAUUAUAUUAAUUCUACUUCAAAUGAUAUUUCUACAGAUAAUGAAGUGAAUUUAAUUUUGGGUAUAGAAGAAGAUCAUAACGAACAAUUGUAAAUAAUUAUAAUUGUCAAAUUUAUUAUCGAAUUUAUUAUUUAUUAUCCCAUAACAGACAUAACGCAUUGUAUUAUAAAUAACUACUAACUAAAUAUUAGGAAUUUUUUUUUAUGGCGUAAUAAAAUUUAUUGUUUAUA